AUGCCCAUUUCCACAACUCCAACUGAUGCUCACUCUGAUGAACUCUUGGCAGAGAGCAACAUAGAAGACUUUAAUUUUGAUCAAUUACUUAAUGAUAUAACUAAAGCAGAAGAUGCGCUUAAUGAACUUGAUGGAAGGCUUGAUAACUUUAAUGCUAAAAUUGAUGCAAUGUUGUUAAACAGUGACAGUUCUCAAAAAAAGUCUCAUGAGAACAAUGCAUCGUCAAAU